CUGUUUAAAAAUCCAAAAAUAGCAGAAGGGAGAGAGAAAGCACACACUCUGUGCGUGUGUGCGUGCACUGCUUUAGCCUUCUGUGUAGAGAGAGAAACAAGAGAGAGAGAGAGAUAUGGAGGACUACAACUGUAAGCGAAUGGCGGCCAUGGACGACUCCACCAACGCAGCCGUAUCCAAGAGAAGAAAAGUUACUGCUUCAACGCCGCCAUUGCCUCCAACUCAAACAAUGCUUCAGCUCCUCAAUUCCCCGGACUCCUGCUCCACCUUUUGCUCCGAUCACUCUCCGCCUCCUUCCUCUUGCUGCUCCAGCAACGAACUCAGCGAUGUCCCCGCUGCCGUCCGCAGCUCUCCGCUCCUAGAUCUGGAGUCCAAGAGUUUCAAAACGGUAUUCUCCAACUCGACCUCCUUCGUCAACAAUAAAUUCAGCAGGGAAACGACGCCGUCGAGCGAGCUGCGCCUGGACUCGGACGAAAUGUCAUCGCCGGUGUCUCACCGACGGAGAAUCCCGGAGAGAAAAUCCCCUCCGUUUGAAGAGAUCGAAGAGUUCUUCGCUGUGGCCGAGAAGUACGAGCAUAAGCGGUUUGCAGAGAAGUACAACUAUGAUAUCGUCAAGGACGUGCCUCUGGAUGGUCGGUACCAGUGGGUUCGUUUGAAGCCCUAAGCAUUUCAGUUAGCUCUAGAGAGAGAAAGCAGGAGGUAGAGAGAGAGAGAGAGAGAGCAGGCGGUGGGUAAAUUACAAUAAACUGACACUCGGUAGGACAGAAAGUAGCAUGGAAAUGAAGGGGGAGGGAGGUGAUCUGGGUUUUUUGAUUGUACAAGCUUCUCUUUUCUUUUUAUGUGACAACAAAUGGAAGCUUCUAAUUCUCUGCAACUUCUCCCAACUUUUUUUAAUUAAUUAAAUUCUAAAAUUAUAUAUAUUUAUUUACGCAACAAUUUAUACAUUAAUUAAUUUUUUGUUUUUAGUUUUGGGAAAGAAAAGGGAUUUUUGUUUGGGUCUGUUUUGGGUGUUUGUGGGUGUGUGAAUCUAUCUUUUCUCUCUUUUUUUUUAAUCAGCUUUUUGGUUUAUAAUCAGCUUUUUGAUAUAUAUUUUUUUUUUUUUUGCGUUUGGGGGUUUUUGGCUUUCCGAAUAUGCGUUUCAUGUAAUGGUAAUGAAUCGUUAUGUUGCUUAUAGUGGGGACCAAACUAACUAUAGCUUGGCUAGCUAGGCGCCACUAGGAAAGUAGGUUUUUUUUUUAUUGUGAUUUCAAAUUUUGUUUCUAAUGUUACUUAGUAUUAUAGUCUAAUAAUAUUUCUUUUUACUUGUAAGUGAGAGAUCUUAAGUUCGAUUCUCGCUAAAAGUAAAUUUGAAUCACAUCAUUACUAAGUCAUUGUGAGGCUUAGUCCACCCCCUCUCCCUUAGAAAAUUUUGUUUGUUAAAAAGAAUUUGGCUACUCAUUUUAGAAGUCCCUUGCUAGCGAUUGAAACUCAUCUCCGAUCCUUAGGAUCCAAUUAUGAUAUUUUGUGUCAAUGAUCCAUUUGUUAUGCGAGGACAUGGGUAUGUUUCUAUUUUGUGACAAGAAAGUCACGAGUUCUAAUCGUGAAAAGCAAGGGUAAUGCUUCUUACGAUAGAUGUUCCCCUCGCAACCCUUGCAAAGCGGCGAAUCUUGUUGGCUUGAGAUCGACCUUUUAAUGCAUCUGUUAUGCAUAAAAACAUUGUAUUAUUGACCCGAGAUGUCACAGUGGUACAUCAAGUGCUCCACUUGCCCGCUUAUGUGAAUGUGGAUUAACAAGUUUGUGGUUGCAAUUUUUUAAGCCUAGAAUUGUUUAAGAUUUGGAAUCUUUUAAGAUAUGCUAAUUAGGCUAAUUUAAAAGAGGGAAAUUCAAUUCAAUGUCUUAUAUCAUUAUAGGUUUAGUUUUUUUUUUUUAUAUUGAAUCUACAUUGUAGGUUUUGGCUUCUGUAUUAGAUUACUAGAGAUAAGACAAGAGCUACUUCUACUAGUAGUGCUGGAGCUGCUUGCAGUAUAGCGACUCUUCUGUACCAAAGUUUAACUUAAUUGGAUAAAUACCUAUUAAAGCCUUUUUGGAUUCUAAAAACACUUUUUUUGCUGCUACUUUUAGAGAACGAUAUGAUAUUUCAUGUACUUGACGAAACAUUUGAAUUCUAAAUAAACAUUUUGUUAUGCUUUUCUGAUAGCAGCUUUGCUAGCAAAAGUGCUUAUG